AUGCGCGUUCAUGGCAUUGUACGGCGCCUGACGAAAGAGGAGAAGGGUCUGGUGAGGCAGGCGGGAGCUCAGCUCUUCGCGCAGCAGAAAAGACAGACACCAAACCACAACGUGCCCGAGCAGUCUUGUCAGAGCCCUGAUUCGAGUCAGUUACGUUCUUCGGAGUCGCAGGCAGCUGGAGAGGAUGGAAGCUCUGGCAGAAGCGCCACCCAGAGCGAGCCGCUUCUCACCCCUUGCAUUGUCGUGGCCACGACGCCGCCGCACGCUAGCGAUGACAACCAGUUCACCCCUGUCGUCCCGAGGUCCUUGCGAGUCUUCCAAGCCAACGUGGGCAAGAUCCUCCGGCGCAUGACACCGCUCGCGCUGGCUGAUUCGGAGCGAUACGACAUUAUCCUGCUGCAGGAACCAUGGACAGGACUUAAAGACGGCCGAUGCCUCACCAAGACGCAUCCGGCCUACGACACAUUCUCACCCGUCACCGACUGGGACGGCCGCGACACUCGUCCGAGAGUCAUGACAUACGUCCGGCGCUCCGCAGGCCUCGUCGCUGAUCAAAAGAGACCUGCGGCGACUCGUGACAUCCUUUGGCUCACCGUGAACGGGACGACGGUAGUUAACUUCUAUCGGCAGCCGGACUACGACGCGGCUCUGGAAAUACUGCUUGGUUGGUGCGUGACGGAUAAAUGCCUUGUAUCUGGCGACUUCAACGCCAAGCAUCCCAGCUGGCAGGCCGGUCGACAAGAGCACCGCGGCGAAGACAUCGCGUUCUGGGCCAUGGAUAACCGACUCAGCUUAUUGAAUGCUGUCGAUGUCCCGACUAACGCGCGCGGCAGCACGAUCGAUCUCGCCUUCUCCAAUAUACCUUUGGCGGACGCGGUUGUUGAGGAUCAUUUAGCAACCGGGUCCGACCACUUUACCCUUAAUCCGCCUCAACCCGAUGAGGAAUUGAAGCGAUUUGUCGAGCUGGUAGAAGCCGGUGCAGCUUUCAUCCCGACUACAACCUCAACUCCCUCCGAGCUGGACAACUUUGCGUCGGCGCUGGUGGACCUUCUUGGUUGUGCAGCGAGAGCUGCGGGCCGACCCGUCCGUAAGACGACGCAUGGGGCGCGGUGGUGGAACGAAGAGUGCGCAAAGGCGGCGGCCAAUUAUCGCGCGUGGAGGAGGGUGUACCCUCUCGGCUUCGACCGAGAAGUGCAGCUAGCCAAGCGGGAGCUUCACAAUGCAGUGCGCCGAGCAAAACGCCUUUACUGGCGCGACUUGAUCGACAGCUUUGCCGACGGCGACUCCGUCUUUCGGGCGGUCCGCUGGCUAAAAUCCUCAGGGCCGUGCCAGGCACCUCCCCUGCAAGUAGACGGCCGAGUGUACGAGACGCAGCUGGAGAAAGCCACCGCCUUGCGGCGAGCAACCCUGGAGCGGCGCACAGCGAGCGACGACAUCCCAGACCCGUGGAUUCCCGUGAACACGGAUAAGAUGAUUCCCUUUCCCAAUCAGGUCUCCUUUGAGGAGGCUCGCGACGCCACUCUACGCACCGGGAACACAUCUCCAGGCUCGGACAACAUCACGGUGCGGAUGCUUCGCGCUGUCUGGCAUGCAAUCGGCAGUCUCGUCCAUCAGCUGUAUCAAGGCUGCCUCAGGAUUGGCCACCAUCCGAAGCCCUUCCGAGAAGCAGAAGUGGUUAUGAUCGCCAAGCUAGGACGCAGAGAUCUGUCUACACCCCGCGCCUGGCGCCCCAUCUCCCUUUUGUCUUGUCUCGGCAAGGGCCUCGAGCGGCUCAUUGCACGGCGUCUAGCGUGGGCUCAAUCCACUUCGGCGUACUACACCCACAACAAGCCGGCGCGCUCCCGAAGAGGAUGGCCAUCGAACCUCGCGCGCUGGGCCGGCUCGUUCAUGCAGGACAGAUCGGCACGCAUCCGUUAUCAAGACAUCGUGACGGAUUCAUCGCCCUCCAGUGCGGGACGCUUCGGCUACGCGGACGACACUGCCAUUCUAUGCGUCGGUAAUAGCCUUGAUGAAACGACCGCCGAAGCAUCUCACCAUGAGACUGACGAACACGAAACAUGGCCUCUGCCGAGUGCUAUGCGACGAGCCGUCUGCGCUUGCGUCAUCCCCGUGCUACUGUACGCGGCGGAGGCCUGGUACCCUGGUCCGAAAAGCCCGCGCUGGACGAAGCCUUCCAAGGAGGGGCCGUCGGGGAUUGGCAACCUCGUCAAGAAGAUGAGCAAGGCACUCUACACGUCUCUUCGGGCUAUUCUGCCAGUGUGGAGGACGACACCGACGAACGUGCUGCACAGGGAGGCGGGAAUACCGCCCGUUCCUCUACUCCUCGAAGGGCGUCGGACGGCCUUUGCUGCGCGCCUUAAAGCUCUCGACGAAGCUCACCCGCUCGUCCAGCGCACGUCGCGACCAAAAGCUCCCGUCGUGACCGUGAACAAACUUAUCAAGUUGAAGUACCAGAAACAGCCACAGCCCUUCCGUACCAGACUGCGGCGAGCCGACGAAAUGCUAUCGAGCUGCCCGAGACCUGCUUUACUGCAGCGCGGAUUUGCCGAAGAGCAGACUGCGCCUCUGCAGAGUGCAUCGAAACACGAGACGGCGAAAAAAUUUCGCGACUGGCUUCAGGCACUAUCGCCCCGAACUCUUGUCGUCUACUCCGACGGGUCUCGUUCUGAGGAAGGCCACAUCGGAUACGGCUAUGCUGUUCACCGGGACGGAUCCACCGUCUUGAGCGGCAAGGGCCGUCUUGGAACAGCUGAGGUUUUCGACGCUGAGGCGAAAGGGAGCCUUCCAGAAACUGACCGCAUCUUUGUCUGCCUCGACAACCUCGCGACCGCAACAUGCUUACGGGGCACGCCGAACGACUCCUCGCAAGAGGUCUUCCUGAGUUCCAAUCUUUGGCGCGAAAAUACGGAGCUGUGGAGGUCCAUUGGAUCCCCGGCCAUGCUGACAUCCCAGGCAACGAGGAGGCUGAUGCUCUGGCAAAGGCAGAGCAUCACUGCCAGAACCCGCUGA